AUGGGUGGUGUGUUGCUGGGGAACACGAGGGGUGAGAAGGGCUUUCGGGUGCAGAGGAAGGGGCGCACCCUGACAGGGACACAGCAGCCGCUCCCCACAGGAGAGCACCUGCGGAUCUGCCCCCGGGGCUACACGUGCUGUACGAGCGAGAUGGAGGAGAAGCUGGCCAACCGCAGCCGGGCCGAGCUGGAGACCGCCCUCCUGGACAGCGGCCGCACCCUGCAGACCGCACUCGCUGCCCAGCUGCAGAGCUUUGACGAUCACUUCCAGCACCUGCUGAACGAGUCGGAGCGGGCGCUGCAGGACGCCUUCCCCAGCGCCUUCGGCGAGCUGUACGCGCAGAGCGCCAAGGCCUUCCGGGACCUGUACGCGGAGCUGCGUCUCUACUACCGCGGCGCCGACCUGCACCUGGAGGAGACGCUGGCCGAGUUCUGGGCCCGCCUGCUGGAGCGCCUCUUCCGGCAGCUGCGCCCGCAGCUGCUCCUCCCGGACGACUACCUGGACUGCCUGGGCAAGCAGGCCGACGCGCUGCGGCCCUUCGGGGAGGCCCCGCGCGAGCUGCGCAUGCGCGCCACGCGCGCCUUCGUGGCCGCGCGCGCCUUCGUGCAGGGCCUGGGCGUGGCUGGCGACGUGGUCCGGAAGGUGGCCCAGGUGCCCCUGGGCCCGGAGUGCACGAGGGCCGUCAUGAAGCUGGCAUACUGUGCACACUGCCUGGGGGUCCCUGGCGCCCGGCCCUGCCCUGACUACUGCCGCAACGUGCUCAAGGGUUGCCUGGCCAACCAGGCCGACCUCGACGCCGAGUGGAGGAACCUUUUGGACUCCAUGGUGCUCAUCACCGACAAGUUCUGGGGCCCUUCGGGAGCAGAAAGCGUCAUCGGCAACGUGCAUUUGUGGCUGGCAGAAGCCAUCAACGCCCUCCAGGACAACAAGGACAUACUCACAGCCAAGGUCAUCCAGGGCUGUGGGAACCCCAAGGUGAACCCCCAGGGCUCCGGGCCCGAAGAGAAGUGGCACCAGGGCAAGUUGGUGUUACAGGAGAAGGCUCCCACGGGCACACUGGAGAAGCUGGUCACGGAGGCCAAGGUGCAGCUCCGAGAUGCCCAGGACUUCUGGAUCAGCCUCCCCAGCAUGCUGUGCAGCGAGAAGGUGGCCAUGAGCAGUGCCAGUGAUGACCGCUGCUGGAACGGCAUGGCCAAAGGCAGGUACCUCCCAGAGGUGAUGGGCGAUGGCCUGGCCAAUCAGAUCAACAACCCCGAGGUGGAGGUGGACAUCACCAAGCCCGACAUGACCGUCCGCCAACAGAUCAUGCAGCUGAAGGUCAUGACCAACCGGCUCCGCGGCGCCUACAGCGGCAAUGACGUGGACUUCCAGGACGCCAGUGAUGACAGCAGUGGCUCAGGCAGUGGUGACAGCUGUCCGGAUGACCUCUGUGACCGGAGGGUCAGCAAGAAGAGCCCCGGCUCACGGACGACCCUGACCCACGCCCUCCCCGGCCUGUCGGAGCGGGAGGGCCAGAAGACCUCGGCGGGGAGCUGUCCCCAGCCCCGCGCGUCCCUGCUGCUGCUUCUCCUCCCCCUGGUCCUCUCAGCCCCCAGGCCCACGUGGCGGUAACUGCCCCAGGCCCCAGGGGCCGAGGCCAGGAACUGACUUUGCCGAAACACAAAACAGACGAUAUUUAAUUCUCCUCGGCCUGGAGGCCCCAGGGCAGCACAGGGAGGGACAGUGAGGGACCCCAGCACUGUAACUGCACUGGGGUAGGGCGAGGGGCGCGGGCCCUCCUGGCCUCACUCCGCCGGCUACCCUGGCUUUUAAUUUUGUAUGAGGCCCUCAGGUCAGCCAGGAACAGUGUCCCCAAAAGCCAUGUAUUUCAGGGACCUGGGGGAUGCCGGUGGCCACCUCCCGCCUGCCCGCCUGCGCCUCUCCCCCCAGCUCCCUGAGCAGUGUCCCGCUGGAGAGCGCGAGUCUGUGCUUUCCUCUCCUGCCUCCUCCCACGGAGAACUUCUGGGCCACAGGUGUCAGAAACCAAGGCCCACCCCUGGGUGCCUAAGGAUCCCCGGGAGGGCAUUGGGGUUUCUGCCAUCCAGGGUCUAGCAGGGCCUAUUGAGAUUAUGCAUGAACCCUUCAGACUCAGCCAGGCCCCCAUGAUGCUGUGGCCCCCCCAGAGGCCCUCAGCAUCAGGGUGAGCUCUAUCUGGGAAGGCACCCUUGCUGACCAGUGUGUCUGGACCUCAUUCACUCCAAGGACCAGCUGCAAGGGUCCGGGGUGCACAGAUGGGCCGCCGUGGGCACAGCCUCACCACCUCUGGGCGCUGCUCUUGGCUGACCCUCGUGUGGGGCUGGGGGGUGCCGAUCCUGGCGGUCCCAGGAGAGUUGGCUGGGCCCUCCACAGACGUGGGCACCCCCUUUGAACGUGGGCCCCGCGCCUGCACAGGGCCCUGCGGCUGUGCGGAGGGGCUGCGCACCCAUGCCCCUGCCUCAUCCCCACCAGGCCCAGGGCCCCCCACCUGGGGUGACGCACGUGGGGCUGGAGGCCACACCUGGCCACAGGAUGCGGGUGGCUGGUGAAACCUCAGCUCGUCCAGGAGGCCUGGCCCCGAAAGCCAGAGGGCCACCCGAGUCCCUCCUGACCCCGCCAGCUCCUGGGGGCCUGGGGGGCUUUGACAGUUAAGGGCUUUUCCAAACAUACAUACAUUCAUAGACGCUUUCCAUCUCUUCACACAGAGCUGCUUUUCGGCUCCUCCUCCCAGAGCUUGGAAGGGCUGGGGCUUCCGGGACCUGGGGGCACCCCUGCUCACUCAGGCUGUCCAGGCCCUCCCCCAGGCCCGGGACCCUCCCUCCCUCCCUCCUGGGCCCUAGCUGCUGUGGGCCCUGGGGAGGGGGCUGGACCCCGCCAGAGAGGGGCUCCGGCAAGGGCACCCUCGAGGGUCCAUGGGAUGCUGAGCCACUGUGGCCAGGGACAGCAGUCCUAACCAGCACCGGGGCCUGACAAGGGCACUUAGCACUGCUUUGCCUCGCCUCUCACGCUGGUCAGGGCCCCCAGCCUGUGUCCCACCAGGCAGCGCAGUCCCACGGGCACCCCCACCCUGUAGUAACCCUGCUUGUGCCAGACUGGGGGGCUGGGCCCAGGGCCUCCUUCCCUGUAGGUGAGGGCCAGCUGGAUUCUCAGGGGCUCUGGGGCCGUGGUUGCCCGCCGUCCCCACGGGGGCCUGCACUGUAGGUCUCUGGAGGGGGCGGCCCCGGCCAGGCGGUCUCAGCUGGUGUCCUAUGCUCUUGAGUCCUUGUACGAAUAAAAGGUUGG